UGUUUUUAUCCCUCCGCGCUCUACGACGCUGCUAAUAAACACGUCACCCGGAGCUUCAGGUCCGACUCAGGCGAAGUACGCAGCUCUAACUAACGACCCGAGGAGUUGUCGCGCGCACUCGUCAGUACCGGAAGGUUUCCGUGGGCUAGUUAUCUGGGUGCUCGGUUGCUCGGACGCCUUUGCUGCUGUUUAUUCGGAAGGGGAACGCGGAGUUGUGCGCGCGAGCCGCUGGACCGAAGGUGUUUCAGGUGAUGGAGGUGAUGGAGGAGGCGUCUGGCGCUCGCUUCUGUCCCACUAAAGCCCCGGGCAGCCUGAUGAAGUGGAGAAAGAGGGUCAAGUCUGAGUACAUGAGGCUCAGGCAGCUGAAACGCUUCCGAAAAGCAGAGGAGGUGAAGGCUCUGUUCCUGUCAAACAGACGUAAGAUUGAAGCACAGACCGAACAGUUAAAUGAGGAGUGGUCCAAGCUCAGGAUCCAGUCCAUCCCUCUGUCCACACCGAUCGGCUCACUGACCAGCAAGAAGCAGCAGUGCAUGGUGGAGUUUGGCUUUCCAUCAUUCCCCAGCCAGGCAGUUGCCAUGAGACCCCUGACAACUGUUGCUGGGAUACCAUUCAUGUACUCCUGGUCCCCCUUGCAGCAGAACUUUAUGGUGGAGGACGAGACAGUUCUGCACAACAUCCCUUAUAUGGGUGAUGAGGUACUGGAGCAGGAUGAAGCUUUUCUUGAAGAGCUCAUAGAUAACUAUGAUGGAGUCCAUGGGGAUAGAGACAGAGGCUUCAUAAAUGACGAGAUCUUUAAAGAGCUAGUGGAGGCGCUGGGUCAGUAUUCGGAUCAGGAUGAAGAGGAGGAGAGCAUGGAAGAAGAGGAGGAGGAGGAGAAUGAAGAGGAACAAUGCCUGACGAAGAGCACAGGAGAGAGUACAGCGGAGAACAAGACAGGAUCUCUGGCCUUUAAGAGGAAGCGCAGGAGAGUCGCAGAGGGCACUGAACUGUCUCAGAGUAAGAAAAUCCCUCAUGACAAGAUCUUCACUGCCAUCGCAUCAAUGUUCCCUUACAAAGGCACGACAGAGGAGCUGAAGGAGAAGUAUAAGGACCUGCUGGAGCCUGCGAGUGCUGUAAAGCUUCCUCCUCUCUGCACACCCAACAUGGACGGCCCCUUCGCCAAGUCUGUGCAGCGAGAGCAGAGUCUGCACUCCUUUCACACACUCUUCUGCCGCCGCUGCUUCAAAUACGACUGCUUCCUCCACCCAUUCCAUGCCUCCCCCAAUGUCUACAAGAGAAAGACUAAAGAGAUUCGGAAGGAGACGGAGCCUUGUGGAUUAGACUGCUUCUUGCUACAGAAAGGAGCAAAAGAGUUUGCUGACCAGUACAUGCUGAGGUCACGGAGGUCUCGCCGGCGCCGACGACAGGCACGCCCCUCCAGCUCAUCAGGCCCCGCCCCCUCAGGUUCAGCUGAGGAGAGGAAAGACGGAGAGAGCGACCAUGAGACCACAAGUUCCUCUGAGGGUAACUCUCGGUGUCCCACCCCCACUAAGCUGAGGCAGGGUGAGGAUCUGAUGGUGGAAGCCGAGUCUCCUCUGCAGUGGAGCGGCGCAGACGAGUCGCUCUUCAGAGUUCUGCACGGCACAUACUACAACAACUUCUGCUCCAUCGCACGACUGCUCGGCACCAAGACCUGCAAACAGGUGUACGAGUUUGCCGUGAAAGAGGUUCUGAUUCAUCGAGUUCCUCUGGAAGAUGGAGGCAUCUCCCCCCAAAAGAAGAAAAGAAAACACCGGUUAUGGGCCAAGAUCCAGUUAAAAAAAGAUAAUUCGUCCAAUCAGGUCUACAACUACCAGCCAUGUGACCACCCCGAGCAUCCGUGUGACAGCUCGUGUCCAUGUGUGAUGACCCAGAACUUCUGUGAGAAAUUCUGCCAGUGUGAUCAAGAGUGUCAGAACCGUUUCCCAGGCUGCCGCUGUAAGACGCAGUGUAACACUAAGCAGUGUCCGUGCUACCUGGCCGUACGCGAGUGCGACCCCGACCUCUGUUUGACCUGCGGCGCUUCAGAACACUGGGACAGCAAACAGGUUUCCUGCAAGAACUGCAGCAUCCAGAGAGGACUCAAAAAGCACCUCCUCCUGGCUCCGUCAGACGUAGCGGGAUGGGGAACAUUCAUCAAGGAGCCGGUUCAGAAAAACGAAUUCAUCUCCGAGUACUGUGGCGAGCUCAUUUCCCAAGAUGAAGCAGACAGAAGAGGCAGAAUCUACGACAAGUACAUGUCCAGCUUCUUGUUCAACCUGAACAACGACUUCGUGGUGGACGCAACAAGAAAAGGGAACAAAAUCCGCUUUGCCAAUCACUCUGUCAAUCCAAACUGCUACGCAAAAGUUGUCAUGGUGAAUGGGGACCAUCGCAUCGGUAUCUUCGCCAAACGGGCAAUACAGCAGGGAGAGGAGCUGUUUUUCGACUACAGGUAUUCUGUAAUGUUCAUUAGGGCUUCAGGAAACACGAAUCGACGUGAUUCCCUGAAGUGUAAAUCUAAACCCACCCAAUCCAGCGCAUCCUGCUAAGCGCAAGCUUGUUGUAUCUGGUGCAGCAGAUUGGAUCUGGAGCUGAACAUAGUAAAAAGAUUGUUCUUGACAUUUAAAAAAUAUAUAGUUUAUAUUGUUGUGUUGUUUCCUUCCAAUGAAAUUAAACCACACCAUUGCGUACGUGUGGUGGCUUGGGGAAAACAUUCACAAGGUAAAUUUUACUGAAUAAAAUAAAGGUUGUCAUGUUUGAUACCAUGACACCAGAGAGGUACAUUAGCGUUACAUGGCGAUGUCCAAUGCGAUUUCCCAGACCACAACACACGCACAUUAUUUUAUGUUUUUGUGUAAAUGUCUGGUAUAUAUUUUUGUAUAUGAUGCUUCAUGGAAGUGUAUAAGUCAACAUUACACAAAAGUAAAAAUAGAACAUUUUGUUAAAGUGUAAAAAUGCAGUUUUUAAAAAAAACAAUCAUUCAUUUAUUCAUUUUUAGAAAUAUAUGUUAAGCUCAGUGGCUCUGGAGUCACAAACAUUAGAGAAAAUUCCUCAAACGAAACCUAACAAACAUUGGAGAAAAUUCCCCGAACGAAACCUAACAAACAUUUGAGAAAAUUCUAAAAAUUAAACCUAGCAAACAAUAGAGAAUAGUCCCAAAAAGAAUUCACAAAAGUUUUUUCAAAUGAGAACUCACAAAAAAUGAAAGAAAAUUCCUUAAACAAAACUUUGACAAUAUUAGAGAACAUUACCAAGCAAAGCCUCAGAAACAUCAGAGAAAAUUUUCCAAAUGAAACCUUGCAAAUGUUAAAGAAUAUUCUCAAACUAAGCCUCGCAACCAUUAGAGAUAAUUCAUUAGAGACAAGACCUCUCAAACUUUAGUGAAAAAUUCCACCAAGGAAACCUCACAGACGUUAAAAUAUUUCCACACACAAAUCCGUGCAAACUUUUGAGAAUAUUCGCAAACAUUUAAAAAAAAAUUGGGGGGAAAAAAAUGUAAACAAAUCCUGGGAAAAUUCAACAUUUCUUUUUCAUUUUCCAUUUUACUGGAAAAUUGCUGCGUAUGUGGAGGCAGCCACAGAUUGAGAAGAAUCUCUUUCUUUUACAGAGGAAUGUCCGAGCUGGCCUAUGCACAGAAGCUAACUUGCAUUUAUCUUUGGUUUUUAAAGCUUGUACUGGAUUGAAACUCUGCAUUUCGUUGAUAUUCACUUAUAGUACAUCCCUGGAUCCCUCGUAGGUACAGUCAAGCCGACGCUCUCAAAUACGUAGGGAUAGAGAGGGAGAUCGACGUGGUCUGAGUUUCCCACCCGCUGCUUUUCCUGCCCACAAUGCACCUCUCCUCACUCAGGACUGCGGUUCUAUCAUGUGGUUGCUUGGAUACAUCUUCAGUUGCAAAGAAGGAUUCUGUGAUAUCAUAACAUUACCAUAACGGUAUGAUAUCAAAGAAUCGCUCACCAUGAAAUAAAACAAAAGGUCAUCGAUUAAAAAAAGAAUUUCUAUAUUUAAACAUGGGGUUAAUCAGAUUGUCUGAACUCGAGUGUUGGGAUGUAAGAUACAAAAAAGAUGCUAGCGUUCAAUACAUUUUAAGAAAUCUUAAAAUAACAUUUUAUUCAAAAGCGAACAAGCUAAUCAUAUUAGUUUAUUCGGCAAGCUAAUAUGCUAACAUUCCCAGUUUAACCUAACGGAAAGCACAGAAAUGCACAGGAAUGUGUUAACUUAGCAGAUUCUAUUAUGCUAGCAACAUAUAGGCCAGUACAGUAAUUAGCAGUUUAUGCUAUUUUACUAAUACAAAUGCCUCACGUUCUAUUAAGAUCAUUAGCUAGUCAUGAAUGGUAGCACUUGCUACAGAGCUAGCACAUGGAUGAUUAGCAAAGUAAUGUGAGAAUAUUUGUACCUCAUGUCCACUUAGCAAUGCUACAGUGAUGACAAGGGACGAGUUAAGAAAAAAAAAGAUCAAAUAACCUCAGAUAGCCAUUUCCUUUCCAUUACUCACAUUUAUUUUCUUGACAAGAAAGCAUUAAAAGCUGCUAGUUUGGCUAAUCUGGAGCAGAGAGCGUUCUUCACUUCAGUAACCUUUUCACCUUGUGGUAAACUCUGUACACGAGCUUCUAUAGCGGUUUUAGCCUACUUAUAUAUGCUACAUAAUGUUUAGCUGCCAACUAGAAGACAUAUUUAUGAUUGCUGUUAGUUUCAGUCAGUUUAUUCACACGGAAAAUGAUCGAUCUUCACGUCUGCAAUAAUGUUAUCUCUCGCUGUAGUGCGGUGUACUGUAAUGUUAGCUUGUCGCUCUAAUCUGCAAAGCUUUGCCGUUUGCUACUUUGGCAUUCAGGCUAUAUUUUUUUAAAACGUUUCUGCAACACUAUCUAUGCGAUCUCAUAACCACAGACGCUAAUCUGUAUCUAACCUUGGGGAUUCUCGGCUAUUCCGGCGCUAGGCAUCUCGGCUCUGGCUAACUAUGUAGCACAAAUGAAUACUCAUUAGCAAGAGACAAACUAGCAGCAGUCACAACAGGAAUCCACAGGGUUGCCAGGUUUCAAAUAAAUGCUCAUAAAUUGACCAGAACAUGUGAAAUAUUGGAAAAAAAUUCGUAUAUUCAGUAUAAUACAAUACAGUACACCUUUUUCUUCACCUGGUACAAACAUUGUCUUCUCCGUAAUAGCCGCUUUGUAAUUAUAAUUAAAUACGUUUACAGGCUUUUAAACAAGCAAAAAAAAAAACAACGCUGAUCACGUUUUAAAAAAUGGUUUAUUCUGGCAACCCUGGCUAUCAAUUAUAUAUAAUUUAGGCAUCUGGUAUCCUGUAACAAGAAGCAAAAAAUAAAUAAAUAAAUAAAAUGAAACCAUACAAGCCGGCAGUGAAUGUUGCACUUCGAUUUAAUGAUGAUGAAGGAAAGAAACGUGUGCGAUUUAUUCGUAGGUUUUUUUUUAAUCUUCUUUUAUGGAUUAAAUAACGAGCUAAACCAAACUAAAUCCACCAUAAGGAUUAUUGUGUGUUUCACACGGAGGAUUUGAGAAGGCGUUAUUAAACACUAUAGAAUUUCCACUGAGAAAAAAAAAGAACGCAAAAAUGAUUGACGGAAUUAGUUAAUUAGCUAAUCCUGUUGGCCACAAAUAAUCUCCUCAAAUCUUCUGCUCAAGAAAGCAGCAUGAAUUUAGGAAAGUUUUUUCUUCAUUAUUAAAUAAAAUUUCUCUGAAUUUUACAGAAGUCCUAAGAGGCCAUGCAGUAUUAAAUUUUUUCUUUCUUUCUUGUCUUAUCGUAAGCACGGCUUAAUCAACGAUCACGAGAAAAUUUAAUCGUGAUCAAAGGAAAACAGCUUAUGUCGGGAUCGCAAGAAAGUGAAGUCACGAUAAGGAGAAAACAAGAAAAGAGGAAAAAUAUUGCAAUGCAUGGACUCUUGGGACUUCUGUAGAACUUAGCUUUGAAAACAUGUUUACAAAAAUUCAUAUUAAGAAAGAAAUGAAGUUCCCAAGGGAACAAUUUUUCAUCCAGUAACUGAGUAAAAAUUCACACUUCAGUUCUAAUAACAAGUACAACCAUUUUUUUUAUUUCGUAUCUGUAUAUUAAUUACUUAUUACAUAUUAAUUAAUUUCUUUUAUUUUUUAUGCUGCCUCCACUGGCUAUCGGAAUUACCGAAAAUACGACUUUCCUGCUUAGAAGUUGCCCCUCAAGUCGUAAGAUCGUUUUGAUGCCCGAGUUUCCGAGUCCUAAACUUCCAACAUGGCGGAUUAGAGUAGAUUUCUGUCCUGAAUAACAGUUAAUUGAUCUUAACACAUCUAAUUAUUAUUACUUUUGGUCCUGUUCAUUAAUCCACAGUUGAGGUCAUAAGUUUACACCCCUCAUGCUGAAUCAAAAGACAAUUGUUACUAAUUUAAAAGAAAUAAAAAGGAUCUUAUAAAAUGCCUAUAUAAGCUAGUUCACAUAACAGAUGCUUACAUGUAGUACACAAGACCCAAUCAUUUACACAAAUGAACCAGUUAAAAAGUUUGCAUCCCCUCCAUUCUUAAAUACUGUGUGUUGUUACUGUAGCUGGAGUGUUUGUCCUGUGCAGUUAAAACCUCCCACAGUUCUUCAGGAAAAACACUUUUCCAUCAGAGGCUGUAUGAUUUUAUAAGCCAUGUAUUCACAUGAGGAUGACUGCGCAAUUCGUAAUACAACUUUUCCUGAAAGCACAAACAUGCGCUGAUGAACAACUCGAGAAGGCAACAUGAUGCAUUACGAACCUAGGGGGUGUAAACUUUUGAGCAGGAUGAUCGGAGCAAAUUGUUAUUAUUUUGUUUAAAGAUCUUAUUUUUUCAGAACUCUCCUACCAAAGCUGGAUAAGAUAUUGACGUUUUCCCAGCACAUAAAAUAAUAAAUCUUUACAAUUUAUGAUCAUCAGGUUGUGCGUUUUAAACAUUUUUUGAUUUAGACCUUAAUUCUGUCAUCGUCUGUAAGCAUUGUCAAUGAAACAAUGAGUUCUGGUGUCAGAAAAACUUGCGUCGUUCAUGUUUCAUGUUCUUUCCGACAGCAUAGAGCUUGAACAUGAGUAACUCGUAAUUACUAGCAGGAAGGAGAAUGAUUCCGAAGGCAGCACGAAGGCAGCAUGAGGCUUUUUUUUUCUUUUCUUUUCUUUUUUAUUAAAACCCUGGGAAAACGUUCCUAAGAAUCACCAUCGGCAGGGGGUGUGAGAGUCCUGACUCCUUGACGGUUCUUCAACCCUAAAGUACAUCAUUCUAGUUCAUAACUGGUCAUAAAUGGAGUAAACUCAAGCAAACUCAUAUUUGCUUGACUUGUGCAUGCUCUUACGAUCCCACCGACAUCCUGAUGGGAUUUGUUCUCGAAUUGAUGCCAUUCCUGCUGGAACAAAGUGCGCUUACUAUAGCAUUCGUCUAGAACACGUUAUCUGUUUGUUCCAUAUGAUUGAUUAGUAUUCGCUUACUAUAGAAUGUACUGUUUUGUUUUGGACCCAUAUGUAACGUCGCCAGGCUCAACUUCACGAUUCGGAUCCGACUGUAGGAAAUUUCUUUUCCUCUUGGAAUGCCGUGGUGAUUUCUUUCAGAACUCGGAGAAUUCCUUUGCCGAGUAAAUCAUCAUACAUCAUGAUCACAAUGAACAAAAUCACAGAAUUCACGAUCCCUGUUUUUAUCCUUUUCUGCUGAUUUAACAGGAAAGGGUUUGUUUCUUACAUUUUUUUACAGCAAAAAAUAUUAAUAUACAUUUUUUUAAUUAUAAGUUAUGACCUCUAUUGCUAUCUGUACUAUUGGUACUAUUGGUACUCAGCAAUGACACAUGCAAACAUGAAUAUUAAGAAAUCUAACGUCUCGGCCGUUCUCUUUUACUCCAAACCACGGUCGCAAUCCAUCUUCUUUUUUUUUUCUGUGAUUUAAAAAAAUAAAUAAAUCAAAGGCACAUUUUUACUCUUUUCUUUCCUGUGUUCAUGUUGAAACAUUUUUAUUUUCUUCUGGAGAAGUCUUCCCAUUUCAAUACGUGCCAAAUAAGAGAUACACUGACUCGGAAAGUAGAGCGGAACUCCCUUUUCAUUUAAUAUAUUAUAUACGUACAAGGAUGAAAACAAUUAAAUACUGAUAUCCAAAAGUUGGAAAUGUUUUGAGACUGAAUCUGAUUAUAUUAUAUAAUAAUAUUUCUCUACUUUGUUGCUUAUGCUAACUUCCUCUUUAUUAAAAAGAGAGCUCUGUGAGGUGACUGAUACGUUGUGGAAGUUAGACGUGUAUGUGAAAGCGAGCAGGUCUGUGUAUGGAAAAUAAAUUUAUAACUGAAAUUUUCA